GGAAUAAUCUGCUAGGAACCGUGUCGGUAGAGCAUCUGUUUGAAGGAAAGGAACAAUGACACUGGAGCAGAGCUGAUGCGGACAGGUUGAGAAACUUUUUUGUGCAGGUUGGUGUGGCUUCCAAGAGAUUCUGAGCAAUCUGAAGAUUAUAUUCCUUUAAAAGAGACAGAAGCUGUUUGACAAUGUAUGGAAACAACGGCCCCUUCUCCUACUCCCCAAGGGCGGUUUUACAAGAGGACUUCCCUCAACAGAGGCGACCUUUCCAGCAAGACGACCCGAAGGGUUCUCCGCUGCAGGGCAACACCAUGACCAGACCCAGUGCAAAAUCCAUAUAUAUGCAGAGAAAAGAGUACUCUGAGACGCUGACCAGAAAAAAGGACAACUUCCAAGUCAGAGUGGAGCAUCUGCUCACCUGUGAGCUGGACGGCAAGGAGAUGAAUACAUUGGAGGACUGCUUGUCCAAGCUGAAGUGGCUGGAUACCAAAGGUCGUCUGUGGGGCCAGGAGAUGAUCCUGGAGGUUCAUGGAGGAUACGUAAUGCUCAGUGACAUCGAGACCAAGACAGAGCUGGAGGUGCUGCCUUUGAGUAGCAUCACACAAACCAGGGCUAUACUGGACAGCUGUGCCUACAACUCUCUGCUGACAAUAACUGUGCAGGAUCACAGCAAACGCACCCCACAGGUCUUCAUGUUCCAGUGUGACGAGAUCUCGGCGGAUCUACUCAAGGUCGAUCUGGAUAAUGCAGUUCAGAGGAGAGGUGAUGAUGUGGAACCGCGCAGAGACCAAUCUGACAUCAGAAGUAAUCUCGAAAAUAUCAUGCGGCAAAACAGUCCUGGAAGUUUUCAGCAGCGACGAAGCCAAGUCACCCCCCUGCCACCUCUGGAACAACCGCUGACACAGUGGCGUAACAGAGAACCAGAGAGUAUGCCUCCCCCGUGGGACUUCGCUGAAGAAGUGCUGCCUCAUCCUGAUCUUCCCGAAUUACAGAGUAGCCCAGAGGAUUCAUCUGAGCAAAGAGACACAGAGAUCACCACGCAGAUUUUUAACCAUGUUCUUGGUGAUUUGGAGAUUUUCCUGGACAAAGUUACUGCUGCAGUAAAGUCACCUUCACUGCAAAAGGACAAGAGCAAGAAAAAUUUGUUGAAAAAGAAAAAAUCUAAGAAAACUGAAUCAUCUGGCAAUCUGCCGCCCUGGAAGGAAUAUUUCUCCUGUCUCCAGAAAAUCAAAUAUGGAUUCAAUCUGCUGGGUCAGCUGGAUGGGGUACUGACAAACCCCAAUGCUUCUGACUAUGUCCACAUCUUCUUCAGGAGUUUGGGCCUGAUCGCGCAGAAGUACCCUGCAGACCUGCCGCCCAGCGUGGUCUCGCCCCUGCUGACAGAGGAGGCCCUGCGGCUGCUCAGUCACGAAGUCAGCCCGGAGGAGCGAAGCCUAUGGACUUCUCUGGGAGAUUCCUGGAACAUCUCCAGGUCCAGAUGGCCGAAUAAUGAUAUCCCACCUUACAUCCCAGAGUUUUAUGAUGGCUGGCAGCCGCUUGCCCCGUCACGCAUACCCCCCCCAUUCCUUUCUCACAAAGGUCAAAUGAGCAGGAGCUACAGCCAGCGUAUCCCACCCGACCGACCAGUUUCUCCAAACUUCAGUGAGUCAUCUCAGUCCAUGCGAGCCAUUUACAACUUCACGGCCAGAAACAACCGAGAGCUGAGUAUCAUGAAGGGUGAUGUGGUUCAGGUGAUUCAGAGAACCAAGCAAUGGUGGCUUGUUCGUAACGCCCGUAAUGAGCAAGGAAACGUUCCGAUGAAUGUUUUGGAGCCAAUGAGGAGCUCCAGGGAAGAUGUACUGCAGGAGACUCAUGGCCCAGUGAUUCUGGAGAUGACCUCGUCGCCUGCAGAGGUUAGAGCCUGGCUUCAGUACAAAGGCUUCUCCAAAAUCACCGUGACCUCCCUCGGUGUGCUCACCGGUAAACUGCUGCUGGGGAUGACCAAGGAUGAGAUAAGGACUGUUUGUCCAGAGGAGGGAGGCAGGGUCUUCUUCCAGCUUCAGGCCAUUAAGUCAGCCAUAGCGCUCGCCAGUGAACCGCCAGGACUAUAUAACGGCCGCUACUAACGUCCCACCACAUUGCUCCUUCAUUUUCUUUUCUCAUGAAACUUCGUCUGCAGAUCAACAAAGAAAAUCAGCAAAAUGUAUCGUUUCAUGUCAUAAAUUGUCUGGAUGGCUUUUUUUAUCAUGAAUGGCACUGCAUCAAAUCCUGAUAUCUGUCAUUUGAAUAAAAGUAAUUUUAGUGAAUUACAUUUUCAUGUAUGUGUUGUAACAUGUAUGACACGCUACAAUUAAUCAUUAAUUAAUUAGUUAUUUCUU